AGCGCUAUAAGAGCGGAGCGCGCUCCCGCGGAUUAGAGCGCGCCGCCGAGCAUCGGGAGCGCUCCAGGGCUCUGCGGACCAGACAUGGCUGAGACUCUCCGGCGCCUUGUCCACAGCUCCAUGUUCCGGGUCCUGCAGGACAAGCUGGACUCCUGGUACCGGGACUACCGCGUGAUGUCCUGUGACCAGAACCUGAGCCGCUGCUGUGAGCUCGUGGAACUGACCUCUAAGGUUCAAGGGCAGCUCUUCGCCAUCCUCAACCUCACGGCCCAAGAAGGGGGGCACUACGCAGGAGUGGAUACCCUCAAAUCCCGCCUCCUGCCCUGGCUGGGGACCUGCUUCACCAUGGCGAGCUCGAGCAUCACCACGGACACCAGCUUGAACCUAAUCCAGGAGGCCAUGGAGAAGGAGAAGAAGAUCCGGGAUCUCUCCGUCUCGCACGAGAGCGACCUCCAGAAGAUGGAGAGCCAGCUAUGCUCCACACGUCUGCAGCUGGACUCCGUCAAGCAGGAACUCGCUGCAGCUCAGAAGGAGCUGGACGACACCAGGAACAAGUCGACCACAACCCUUCUGGCCACUGAGGACGAGAUCCUGCAGCUGAGAGCAGAGCUGAGGGCAGCGUGCGACCAGGCCGACCUCUACAAGCGCAAGCUGGACCUGCUGGAAGACUUCGAGAGGCAGGUGUGCUUGCUGAAGGAGGAGGUGUCCUUCCUGACCGCGGAGAAGUCCCUGCUGCAGGACAGGCUGAUGAGGAGUCGCUCCCCCAGCCCCCUGGUGCGACGCAGCCGCUCGUCCAGUCCCCGUCUGCGGAACGAGUCUCCGUCGCGCGCCCGGCUCACCGCCUCGUCCCGCCACGCCCGGCUCGUGUCGCGCUUUAGUGACCUGUACGCCGUCGACCGCCUGGGAGCGCAGAGCCUUCUGCGGCGCUACGUCGACGACCAGGAGAUGGUCCAGAGGAUCCUCUUCAUCGCCACUGUGGAGGCAUUCCAGGUGGCCAAGCUGGCGUUCCGGCAGUUCAGGCUGCGAGUUCGAAAGACCCUGUCCAGCUCGCACCUGGAUCCCGAGAGCCUGGAGGACGCGGUGAUGGACUACAUUGUCCGCAACCUGGACCUCUACGACGUUCAGGCCAGCGUCCACGAGGUGAUCGGUGCCAUGAAUGUGAACCCCAAGAUCUCGUUCCCAGCGGAGGUGGACUUUGUCCUCAUCAGUGACUUCAUCCGGGAGGCGUGCCGGGUGGCCUUUGCCAUGCAGACACUGGACCCCCAGCUGGAACUGGCCUUCAGCAGCGACGGGGAGCUGUACAGUGAGAGCAAGUACCGGCGCAGCUACGACUCGGAGUUCACGGCGCCCCUGGUGGCGGUCCACGUGUGGCCGGCGCUCAUGGAGGGCGACACUGUCAUCAUGAAGGGCGAGGUCAUCACCAGGAGGGGCGCUCUGUGGCGAAGCCGAAGCCGGAGCUCCAGCCCUGUGCGUUCCAGCUCCGGAAGUCCCACGCGUACCCUGGGUGCCAACCGCAGUCGAAGCCCAUCACCAGAACGCCUGUCAGUCAGCCGCCUGUAAACCAUGACUCCUGACCAGUCAUCACUCCAAACCUUCUACAGCCUUCAUGGUGACCUCCGCAGCUUGACAUAAAUGUGAAGAACCGGAAAAACUUCAUGCAGAACUGUGAGAAUUCCAUGUGGUGUCAGUGUUUUACUCUCACUUUCUGACUUGUUUGUGUCUUACACUGAACAGAAGACCUUUGAGUUUACAGUGUCCUCCAUGGCUUGGUGGGUAGGAGUGAUGGGAUGGACUCUAGGGACCUGGUAGGGGUGACAUCAUCCAGCGUAAAACUGCAGUGUAACUGGUACUUUUCACAGCAUAUCAGUGAAAUUGAAGUAGUGAUAGAAUAGAAAAAUGAAGAAAUUGUGAUGGACAUAAUGGAAAACUGGAAAAAUAAAGGUAGUUCAAAUGGAAAUACAACUCAGCAUAGCUAAUAAAUGAGCUGUCCAGUCGUCACAGCUCGUGUGGUUAAUUUGCAUAAGAUCUCCACGCUUUGAAAACAACGGCAUCUGUAGUUCAGUGUCUGUUCCAACCACCGAUGAUGUGGUACCAUCUGCGUUCGCUGGAUUAUGUGCUUUCGGGUCAUUUGCUCGUGUUGCAGAACAUUUGUGGUGAACGUAACUGCGGUGGAAUGAAGUCGGCAGCGAAACGCCAGUUCGAACGUAUCUCUGAUGUCGUCAGAAAAAACAAUUGUCUGUUGUCCUGCAGGUCCUGUGUCCUCAUUAUUACAUUUUAAUGAGGUGUUUUUUUUAACCUCUUGGUGCUAAACAUCGAUUAUUGUUUCUGAACGCACAUUGGCGCUUUGUAAUUCUCCUGGUGUCAUAAUAAAGUCGCUCUGCGGGACCUCCAGAGCAGUGCUUCCUUCACUCUCCUGGGAGAAAGACUUCUGCGUUUUUGCAUCUACUCAUUUCGAUUUUCUGGAAAGGGAUGUACAACAGAGUGUCACGUAACGCACGUAGUGUAGUGGCUAAAGCUUCUCUCUUUGGACUCAGAGGUUCCAAAUCCCACCUCUUGUUGUACCCAUAGGCAGGCAGGUUUUUACCCAGGAGUAUAACUGAGUAAAUAAUCAUAAGGCAGUUAACACUGCAAGUAGCUUUGGAGAAAAGCGUCGGCUAAAUGAAGAAAUGCAAAGCAGGGUGAGGACCUGAGCGUGAGCAGGGAGGGGUUUGUGGGAGCGUAGUGAGGGACUGGGGAGGAUGGCCACACUUGGAGAUGUGGAGAAAUGGGACAGGGGGAGGACGACGCACAGGAACGCUGUGCUCUGCAUUGGGAACAGGACGAGGAAGAGAAGAUAUCCGUGCAAGAUGCGAGAUGAGAAGAUACCAGCAGCUCUGGCCCCGUGUGGCGGUCGCAGCGGUGGCCACUCCUUACCUCGAUUUGUGUUUAUAGAGCGCUCUUCUCGGGGGGUCAGGUACCAGGGGCGGCCCAUCUCCUCCUGGGUCACGAACGCACAACGCUGGGGCUCUUCUCCUUUCUAAGAGCUGGUACUCAAGCGGUCGACACGUGAACUGGUUCGGCUUAGAGGCCCAGAGUGGCGCCUCCGGUGGUCGCUGGCAGUACUGCUCCUAGUAACGGGGCUCUGCUGUCCCCGUCCGCGCUCAUCGGUUUGACUCCGCGUCACGUUUCCUCGUUGCACAUUUACAUUUCCUACUUUACCGCCCAGAGGCGGUCCGCAACGACGGGCGCUUCGGACUAGGGUGCGUCUGGGCUCAUUCGCCCCGUUAACAGUCCAGAUGAAGCUCUAAUCGUUUACGAGUUGAGCUGAAAUACAAAGUGGACGUUUAGAGGGCGACGCCAACGAACCCGGACUGGGAACCACAGCAAUAAGAAGC